GACCAGCUGCUGCAGACGCUGAUGGACCUGCAAGACGUGCGUUCGCGGGCCUUCGACAUGACUGGAGGAAAACUCAGCGCCAUGCCGUGGCUGCGCUUCAUCCAGCCCGAGGCAACGGGCUACAACGCGAUCACCAAGGUCAACGAGAUAACAAGCGCCUUUUGUAUGAAACUUAUCGAAGACCACAAGGCCACAUAUGUUCCAGGGAAGAAGAGGGAUCUCAUAGAUGCAUAUUUGUGUGAAAUUGCGAAAGCUGAAGAAGCCCAAAAUGAUAACACAACAUUUACGGAGGAUCAGCUUCUCAUGGUGUUAUACGACAUGAUUGUUGCUGGCUUGGAAGAAAUAAGCAACGCUCUUCGAUUUGCAUUUCUUAUGAUGUUACGGCAUCCCGAUGUCCAGGGACGAGUUCACAAUGAGAUAAAAGAAGCAGUUGGACUGACAGAUUUCCAACACUCGAGGACAAAGACAGGUAUUUAG